AUGAGAGCUGUCUGGACAACCUACGUCCAAGAGGUGUGCAAGAGGGUCAAAAAUCAAGCCACUGAUAAGGAUGGCGAAUCCAGCGACCGGUUCUCGCCCACCGACAUCUCACUCAUCUUCGCCGCCUUCGCCAAAUCCGGGAGAAGGGACUCAAGCUUCAUCAACUUGUUGCUUGAGGCGAUGCGGGAUAAUGUCGACAAAUACGACAUCAGGGAUUUCGCCGUGCUGUACAACGGCCUUGCCAAAGUCGGCAUGCAGGCGGACGAGAUGAUAAACGGCUUCAACACCAACAUAGAGUCCCGAAUAACCGCAAAAACAUCGGAAAAGGAUAUUGCCCUUCUACUUAACGCUUUGUUAGAGCUCAGGGUCAGAGAUGCCAACGCCAUAUUCGUUAAGGCGUCGCUGGCCAUAUCGUCAAAGAUAAAAUACAUCGCAAAUUGUCACACGCUCACACUAUUGCUGCAUUCCUAUGCGAGGUUUAGGGGCUUUGCAGCAGAAUCGGAUCCACCCGGACAUCCACCUGUGGAAGGGUUGGGACCACACCGAGCAGCAUCUUCUGAGGGCACGCAUCAAGAUGACGGAGGAAUGAACAGCCACAAGACACCGCCAUCUGAAGGCGACAUCGCAAAUGAGAGGGAAAAUGAACAGUCACCAGAAGCAACGUUGAUAACGGAGACGACUCUUUCGCUGCUGGGCAGAUGCGCUGAUCUCAUGAUACAGAUGCGACCCACUGAUAUCAUGUACUACUACAAGUCGGCCGUGCACCUGAUAUACGCCAACUCGAACGGGGUCACAAGGCAGCUGUAUGCCUCAAUGGCCAACAUGAACAAGGCGCACAUCAGGAUACGCGAGCACAUCCUCGAGUUCGAAGCCAGGGAGCUGGUAUCACUGCUGCAGGCAUUGAAGGAUGCUCAGAGCUUCGUAGAACUAGAGUCACCGUUGGACGAUGAUGGUGCAGUCUGGGUGGUGAACAACGAGAUCCGCAACCAGGCGCCCAUACUGCAAGAGGAGAUAACUAAUGAGCUGACCUACCGAACCAGGGUAAUGUCAUUCGCAGAAUGCCUCGGUUUUUUGAAACUCAUGAGCUCGGAAGAUCACCGUGCAUUACUCGUCUGCCGCAGGUUAAUCUACAAGGUCAACAAGAUGAACGAGCUCAACAGCUGGGAGAGGUACUCCAAAACAGAUCUGUGGGACCUUAUACAUAUUCUUGGCAAAAUAUGCGACGUAUCCACCAGUACAGAAGCACAAGAGCUAAUGGUGGCUAUAACGAAAAACAUCACUGGGACACUAAAACUGAGGGAAGUGGAUGCAAUGUGCAGGCUGGCGGCACGACUUGGCGCCAAAAGCAAUUCGCUUCUAAAAAAAGUAAACUCUGUGACAUGCCGCGCUGAUUGUCUGCAACCAACGCAAGCUGCAUCUCUAGCGUAUCACCUAACCGGGCUUGGGUACAUUGACCACAUCCAGCCCAUUCUAGACGCCUGCCUCCAAGUAGACAACGCUAAAGAUGCGCUUCAUGUGCUAACGGCCCUCGCAAUACUGAAGGUAAAUCGGCUAACACAUAUUCCUGUGGAAUUAGUGGAUACCAUGACAAAACAGGUGGAGGUUGGCAUGGCAGAGUUGCCUACCGACGAAUCCACAGCAAACAAGAUCGCAAUACUCAGGGCAGCUGGUAUUGCUGAGCUGCGCGGAGAGAGUGGAAAAUACACACUGUACCCGAGGCUGUAUUCGCCUGUAGACCACUUGGUACUGAGGAAUGUACGAUUCGCGUCCAACAAGUUGAAGGUGGACAUUCAACUGAUGUCGCUAGCGCAGUGCACGGAAGACAUUGCUAACAGCCUCGAGGCGUUCCUGUCUAAAUUUGACGACAAGACGCGUAUGUACAGGAACUACGAUGCUGGAGACAUGAUACUGCCUAUAGUGAUAGAGUUGCCUGGGUCGACCAAGGUGGCUGUGCACGUGCUCAUGAACGACUUCUAUUCCGGCAGGCGCCAGAUGCUGCGGAACGACGUAUUUGCACAAAUAAGACUCAUGGACGACCGCGGGAUACGUACAGUUGGCUGCCGAGCGGACCACUAUCUGCAGGGCGACCGAACGCAGUUCAUCGCCAACCUCGUGGAACGCUGCCACAAUGUAGCCAACUCGGAGGCCAACACAACAAAAGACGAACUUCAAGCGCCACAGGUUAGACUUGCUAAAGAGCACGUCGUCGACAAAAGUCCGCAACAACCCAAGCUCGACAGCUUCUCCCGAUUCCGGCGGCUAGUUGCCGGCUGA